AUGGAGAAGCACGCAAAUAUAUUAUACGUGCAGGAUCCACGCGACGACAACGCGGGGCACUUUGCGUACAUCAAAGAUCUAUCCCGUCUUGUGAGCUCGCAACUGAAUAAAUACAGACAUAAGAAAUACUUUUGCGACCGAUGUCUACAUUACUUCAGUUCGUCUGAAAGAUUGCAGUCACAUACAACGGACUGCGAAAAGAUGAACGAUUGCUCCAUCCGACUACCGAGCGAGGACGACAAGUGGCUCGAAUUCAAGAACCACACGAAUAAGGAACAACUUCCAUUCAUCGUUUACGCGGACUUGGAGUGCGUACUACGGCGAACGGAACCGGCAGAGAGGGAAGACGCAUCGUACACCUACCAGCAGCACGAGGUUUAG